CCCGUCCACUUUUAUGAUUCGGUAAUACGCGAACGACGACACGUUACGACAAAGAGGACGGCUUUACGCCGAAUGUCCUUUUCUUUGAUCCGGGAGGGGAGGAGGGGGACAACUUUCCCCGGUACACGCGGACUGCAGCCGAGCCCGCUGGCUUGUGAUUUGGCGACGGUGGGGUUUUCACGUGAGUCGGUUGCACUGACAGAAAAUGAGUGGCGUUAACCACCCCGAGGCAACCACCAUCCCUCACGUUGUGAAAGAAGAGGUCAUGACAGCAGGGAAAUGGGUGAAGCUUGAGAAGACCACAUACGUGGACCCUGCUGGAAACACAAGAACCUGGGAGAGUGUUAAAAGGACAACAAGACAAACAAACUCAGAGGCAGAUGGAGUGGGAAUAAUUGCCCUUCUGAAAAGGACCCUCCACAAAGACUGUGUUGUUAUGGUCAAGCAGUUCCGACCGCCUUUGGGAUGUUGCACACUGGAAUUCCCUGCAGGGCUGAUAGACGACGGCGAGAGUGCAGAGGCUGCGGCACUGCGAGAGCUAAAAGAGGAAACUGGCUACAAAGGAGAGGUGGUUGGAGUCACCCCAGUGACUUGUCUGGACCCCGGCCUGUCCAACUGCACCACCCAGCUCAUCACUGUCAACAUUAAUGGAGACGAUCAAGAGAACAUCAACCCCACACAGCAGCUGGGUGAUGGAGAGUUUGUAGAAGUCAUUCUUUUACCUCUUGACGAAUUCCAGACAAAAAUAGACGGGCUGCUGAAAAAGGAUAAAAUAGUGGUGGAUUCUAAGGUUUACAUCUUCGCCAUGGGCAUAGCACAGGCCUUCUUCAAGCCCAACGAGCUCCCCGUCCUCAAGCAGUGAGAGGAAGCUGGGGUGUGGGAGAGGAGUGUGGGGGAUGGAAAGAGAGCGGUCGAGGGGGAGAGAGCUGUUGGGGUGUUAGGGAGAGAUCGAGGGAGGGUUGCAGAGGAAAAGAGACGGAAUGAGCGAGGGGGAAUGGGAGAGGUGGAGCAGCUGGGGGCGGGGGUGGGGGUAGCAUUCUGUAACACUAAAUGGAAUGGACUAAUAGAGAAACUGUCACACUGCAGUGUAGAUUUAUAUUUGGACCACAUUGCAUUCGAGUCACUUUCAACUUGUAAUUUAUAAUCUCAGACCAGAAAUGAACCUCUGCCCUCAAUCCGGAGGUGUCACCGUGUACCUGAAGUCAUAUGUACCUUUUGUAAGGGGUGUGCUCGGGUUUUUACGAGAUUAUAAAUUGCAAAGUAGUAUUAUGUUUGGCGUGAUGCCUGAAAGCAUAAACUGUGUGAUCAAAACAUUCCUAACCUAUGCUAACAUGUUACUUACCUUACUGAUUUAACUCUUCUGUAAUCGAAAAAAGGGUAUUAUUAAAAGGCAGAAGGAACCCGUGCCUUCUGUUUUUACCCAAAUGGUGGGAAGAAUUCCAUUCCUGUGCCAAGGUUACAUCCAAACUUGCUUUUUUAACUGGAUUUUGAUAGUGAACUUAACGAGCAAAUUUGAAUAACUGUUUUGAUGUAAUAAACUUGAGAGUACUUGU